AUGCCUCCCCAUGGUGUCCCCGCCGUGUCCCCCCGUCCCCGCAGCGUGGCGCAGGUGCCGGUGGCCGAGGGCAAGAGCGUGCAGCAGACGGUGGAGCUGCUCACGCGCAAGCUGGAGCUGCUGGGCGCCGACAAGCAGGGCGCCUUCUGCGUGGACUGCGAGACCUACCACACGGCUGCCGCCACCAUGGGCGCCCAAGGGCAGACAGGCAAGCUGAUGUACGUGAUGCACAACUCCGAGUAUCCCCUCAGCUGCUUCGCGCUCUUUGAAAACGGCCCGUGCCUCAUAGCCGAUGCCAACUUCGAUAUCCUCAUGGUGAAGCUCAAAGGCUUCUUCCAAAACGCCAAGGCCAACAAGAUAGAGAGCCGGGGUACCCGCUACCAGUACUGUGACUUCUUGGUGAAGGUGGGCACGGUUACAAUGGGGCCCAGCGCCCGGGGGAUAGCUGUGGAGGUCGAGUACUGCCCCUGCGUGAUAGCCAACGACUGCUGGAACCUGCUCAUGGAAUUCAUGCAGAGCUUCAUGGGGAGCCACACUCCCGGCAUCCCGUCGGUGUUUGGCACCAAGCACGACAGCAUCUACAGCCCAGCAGACACCAUGGUCCAGUACAUGGAGCUGUUCAAUAAGAUCCGCAAGCAGCAGCAGGUGCCCGUGGCAGGAAUCAGAUGAAAGCACUGCCUGAAGCCGUGUUUAAAGCAACUGCAUCCUCUUCCCUGGAUUCUAUGGAUCAGGCACCUCUCCCAGAAGCAGCACUGGAGCCAGCCCAAGGUUU